AUGCUUUUAGAUGAUUUGUUAUUCUCACUGAAAGAAUUGAAGAAAGCGCCAAAAAUAAGGAGUAGUGUGAAAAGCGGCAGUAAGGAAAAUAUCAGAGGUCAAAAACGUGGAUCGGAUACGGAUGAUGACACACUUUAUCCAAAAGGGAUAUCCAUGUCCAAAAAUGAAGGCGAUUAA